AUGGCGGUGAACUUUGCGGACUACAUGAGUGGCUUUCGUCACAACGAUGUAAUCAGUUUCAUCAACAGUGAGGUCCUCGUGAACAGAGGCGACCCUGAUUUCUACAUGGCCUUCUGCUUGCGACCCUGGAAUGAGGUAGAGGAUUGGCUGCGAAUUGUCAUAGCUAACCCGCAGGUGCCACACGACAUCAAGAGGGCCUGUGCCUGGAGGGCGCUGGUCUUGAGCGUGCAUGUGGGCAUGAGGCAGCAGGAGCGGCAGGAGUGUCAGAUCUGGUGGCUGCAGGAGCAGGUAGAGAAGUGAGAGGAGACUUCCUGGGCCCUGGCCUCUGAGCUGCAGCGCGUGUGUGAGGAGUGGGAGGAGAUGGUUGCACAGUUGCGCUUCACCCGGGCCUCACUGCAGCAGGUGCUGAAGGAGUGUGAUGUGCUUUGUGGGUGGCUGCUCCAGGUCCCCCCAUUGGCCCAAGAUAUGGGGCCUGGGCCUCGAACCGAGCAAUUUGGGGCAGUAGCAUGGCCUGCAGAUGCUGCCCCCAAAGCUGCUGUUUAUGUGCCAGGACCACCGAGUCCCUGGUCCCAGGCCAUGCAACCCCUUAUGCCAAUGCCGAGGCUGUAUCUAUUUCCAUACCAUGCACCAUUACCCAUGGGAUCGGCAUUCUUGCCACCUAUACCACCAUCAGAAGCAGAAGCUGCAGUAGUCCCAUUUCAGAUGCCUUCUCAAGGAAUCAAUCUACCUGGCCCACUGGUUGAAGUGGGCUUGCAAGAGAAGAUGGCCCCCCUGGGCAACGAGAAGAGCUACAGCCAGGGAGAAGGUCCUGAGGUCCUGCAGGGUACAGUCCCCUUAGGGGAUAUCAGAAGUCUUAACCAGGAAGAAGGUCAGGAGAGGUCACAGGAGAUGGUCCCCCUUGGGGAUAGCUGGAGCCACAGCCAAGAAGAAGGUCCAGAAAGACUCCAGGGGAUGAUCCCUCUGGGGACCAAUGGGAGCCACAGCCAGGAAGAAGGUCAAGAGAGGUCACAGGAGAUGGUCCCCCUUGGGGAUAGCUGGAGCCACAACCAAGAAGAAGGUCCAGAGAGACCCCAGGGGAUGAUCCCUCUGGGGACCAGUGGGAGCCACAGCCAGGAAGAAGUUCCCAGGAGACCCCAGGGGACUGUUCCCCUGGGGGACAGCAGAAACCAGAAUCAGGAGAGAUAUCUAGAGAGUUUCCAGAGGAUUCUCCCCCUGGAGUACAAUAGAAGUCACAAGCAAGAAGAUCCACAGAGACCCCAGGGGACUGACCACCUGGAAGUCAGCAGAAGCCAGAGCCAGGAAAGAGGUCCAGAGAGGCCUCAGGCUACUACCCAGGGGGACAACUGGAGCCAUGAUGGGAGAGAAAAUCCAAAGAAACAACAAAAGGGAAAAAAGCCUCAGAAUCGUACCACAAGGAGAAGUCUGCCUCAGGUUGCAGUUCAGUGA